GCCAAAGUUGGUGAUGAAAAGAGGGGGAGGCACAAGCUGCUAGAGUAUCCCCAGUGUGAGGAUACGUGGCUGCUUGAUGAUAUAAACGAACGGGUGGAACAGGUGGGAAAGGAACAUUCUGUGCAGAAAAAGAAAAAGGAUAAGCAUUCAAAAAAAGCUAAGAAAGAAAAGAAGAAAAAUAAACAUAAGUCUAAAAAGAAGGAGGACUUAGUAGAUAGUUCUUCGGAUUCUUCAGUUGAGUGGGUUGAGUCAAAUGUGUCACAGUCAGAUAACACGGAAGAGGCUUGGAAGGUCAACAAGCAAUCAGAUGCUGUGAAAGAAGCCUCCCUGCAGAGGGAAGAAUGGAUGGAUUUAGACUUCAUGUCGUUGAAAACCACAUCAGUAGCAGCUGUCAGAGGUGAAAGACACAAAGAAAAAAUAUUGGAACGACAGAAAGCUCAGGAACUGGAGCAGGCCAUGCUGUCUGAGAGAGAACUCAAUCCCUAUUGGAAAGACGGUGGCACAGGUUUACCAUCCGAGAAGGAUGAGGCAGCUACAGUUAAGAAAGUUACAGUGGUAGAAGAUGCUGGAUUAAGUUGGUUACGAAAAUCAUACCAGAGGAUGAAGGAACAGGCUGAGAGAGAGAAACGAAAUUUUGAGGAAAUUGUAGCUGAAAGAUAUGGGUCAAUGGAAGUAUUUCAGUCACGAUUAGAAGAAGCUGAAAAAGUUGCAUCCAGAAAGGAAAAUUAUUAUAGAAGUGGAAGAUGGAAGAAAACUGACUAUGCGGAAAGUGAGAAAGAGAAGAAGGAAUGUCGUAUGAAAAAGGAGACACAAGAAGAAGAUGGUAGAAACAGGAACAUGUUUGGGGGAUAUGCUAGGGAGAAGUAUGGCGGGGGAUGGCCACAAGAAGACAAAGGUUACAGAAGACAGAUGUCAAGAAAAGACCAAGAAUGUGGACACAGUAGCACAGACUCUGAAUUGAGAGGCUAUAGCUCCAAAGCUGAAAAACAUCCCGAUGAAAAACUAAGUCAGGAAAAGAGUUCAUUUCUAAGCAACAUGAAACACAAAUUUCUGAAACCCUCUGAAGAUGAUUCAUCAUCUUACAGUGCACCUAGAGACUACAAGUCACAGCAGUCCUCUUCCAAACUGCCGGCUCAUAGCUCUUUGAGCAGUCAUUUCCAAAAACCUAGUGAGGAUGCUCCCCUGUGGACUGAAACUCACAUAAAAGAUACCAAGGAGAAAUUAAUGUCUGAUCAAAAAUUGUCAGGUACUAGGGAACAGAUUGGUGACAUUAGUUGUGAAAGAACUCCAAGAGAUGAAAAAGAGAAGUCACGGCAGGAGUACUCAAGCAAUAUCCCUGAGAAGACACAGAUGUCAUCUGACAGUAAAACAUUAUGUUCUAGACAUACAUCGAAGGAUGAGAUGCCUCGGGUCCUUAGUGAAGAGGAGAUGAACAGACUGGGAGCGAGGAUUAUAAAAGCAGAGCUCAUGGGAGACAUGGAAUUAGCUUCAAAACUUCAAGCAGAACUUGAGAAUGCACGAAAAUUGAGGGACGGUCAGGGGCAGUUUCCGGUAAAGUCUGGCAGAGAG